GUGCUAAGAGCUGCUGAAAAGCUGCCUGUACAGCCAUUAUAGGGCCCUGCCGUAUUUUAUUUAGACUUCAUUAAGGGGUUUGGUAAAGUCUGUCUGUAGGUGCAGAAUGUACAGCUUCAUGGGAGGAGGGCUGUUUUGUGCAGGAGUGGGCAAUAUACUCCUGAUUGUUUCCACAGCAACAGAUUAUUGGAUGCAGUACCGUCAUUCAAACAACUACAUGCAUCAGGGGCUGUGGAGAUACUGCAUGCCUGGAAAAUGCUUCACACACACCGACAGCAUUGCGUACUGGGAUGCUACACGGGCAUUCAUGAUCUUGUCUCUGUUGGCCUGCUUCAUUGGCAUCAUCAUUGGUAUUAUGGCCUUCAUCCACUACUCAUCCUUUGACAGGUUUGAUAAAACCUUUGCUGCAGGCAUUCUGUUCUUCAUCUCAUGCUUUUUUGUGUUUCUGGCCAUGGCUGUGUACACUGGAGUUACAAUAAAUUACUAUGGUAAACGCUAUGGUAACUGGAGGUUCUCCUGGUCUUACAUCAUUGGCUGGGUGUCUGUUGUGCUCACUUUCUUUUCAGGAAUUUUCUACAUGUGUGCAUACCGGAUGCAUGAAUGCCCCAGAAUGUCAAAUCCUCACUAGAAAACUGCAUGGGCUUUAUUAUCAUCAAUAUUGGAAGCCACUUCAGUAUCAAAC